AUCUCAAAGCGAAAAAUAGCUGGCUCGAAGCUGUCUUUUUUAUUUACACAAACCAAAAAAUAAAUAAAAUUCAGCCUUUUCUUCAUUUUCCAUUUCUGCUAUCUUUCUCUGCUCAUAUCCAUUAAACUUUACUCCAUUCAUCAUUUGUAUGUGAUAAAGGUGGAGGAAAGAAUACAGAUAGAGAAAGAUUUUGAGCAAAUAAAAGAACAAAGUUGAGGGAGUUGCUGAGAAGGACGAAUUGGGUUUUGAAGAAUGAGUGCUUCUAGGUUUAUAAAGUGUGUUACUGUCGGCGAUGGAGCUGUGGGUAAAACUUGUCUUCUCAUUUCGUAUACCAGCAACACUUUUCCCACUGAUUAUGUCCCAACUGUUUUUGACAAUUUUAGUGCAAAUGUGGUUGUCGAUGGGAGCACUGUUAAUCUGGGGCUCUGGGAUACUGCAGGUCAGGAGGAUUACAAUAGAUUAAGACCUUUGAGCUAUCGUGGGGCAGAUGUAUUUAUACUGGCAUUUUCUCUCAUUAGCAAGGCGAGCUAUGAAAAUGUCUCCAAAAAGUGGAUUCCUGAAUUGAGGCAUUAUGCUCCUGGAGUUCCAAUUAUUCUUGUUGGAACAAAGCUAGAUCUCCGAGAGGAUAAGCAAUUCUUUGUGGACCAUCCAGGUGCUGUUCCACUUAGCACAGCUCAGGGUGAGGAGCUGAGAAAGUCGAUUGGUGCUGCUGCUUACAUUGAAUGUAGUGCAAAAACUCAACAGAACAUUAAGGCUGUUUUUGAUGCCGCCAUUAAGGUGGUCCUACAACCACCCAAGCAAAAGAAGAAGAAGAAGAGAAAGGGUCAGAAAGCCUGCUCUAUCUUGUGAUUGCUAAAAGCAUUAGCUGAAGGAAGGAGAUGUAGAUUGUUUAUCAACGUCUUCCAAGUUCAAAAAAUGCAACAUAAGGUUCAAUAUUGUUAGUCUUGACUGACUAUAACUGGAAAGCAUCAAACCUGCAGUUGUCCGUUUGAUUAUAGGCCGAGAUGUAUAUUUGUGAUCCGAAGUAUGGUUUAGGGGUACGAAUGUGCAAAAAUCAUCUCAGUUCGUUUUAAAUAUGUAUAAUCUAUUAUGUAACACUAGUAUGAUGAUUUUUCGUCUGCUAAAUGUCGUUGUGUAAUGUACCUGAACAUACUGAUUUAGAUUGUCCAACAAGUUGAUUUGCUAUCGUCAUUGUUUUGAAACAUAAAGAUGGUGGUGCUGCAUUUUAUAAUUUUCUGAUGGAAACUAUUAGGUCA